AUGUCAGAAACUGAGCUGGAAAAGAUAAAAGUAAGAACAGCCCAGCAAUUUGAAAAUGACAAAAAGAAUGUGUCUUGGUUGAAGGAAGGACUGCUCACCUCCAUUCUAAAUCCUCUUGGGGGUCCUGAUGUACAACUCACAAAUGAAAACCAUGCAGAUGAGAAAACCAUUAAUGCUAUGGUUAUAAAUUCAGUAUCCGAAUUCAAUAUCACAGAUGGACCGGCCAAGGAAACCCCCAAUGAGAAAAAGCUGUCAGAAUCCAGCACGUCACUGUCCUCCUUGGAAGAAUGUCAGACGGAAUGCUCCUACCUCCAAACCAACCCUUCAGAGCAUCAGAGAGACACUGAGGAGGAGUGUGCCUCGCUGAUCCUCGCCUGUCUGUUUUGCCAGUUUGGGGACUGUCUGCUGAUGCUGCCCGACACCUGCGAAGCGGUGUGCACGGGGUGGUGCUGCCCCGCUCAUGGGUACCAGCAGGCCGCUGACCAGGAGCGCCCGCCCGGCGACUGCAGCUGCAACUGUGACAUGGACUGCAGCCUCUUUGAGUCCUGCCAUGAGACCAGCGAGUGUCUGGAGCUGGCCAUGGAGAUCUCGGAGAUGUGCUACCGCUAG